AUGGCAUCCUCGUUUUGUCUUUCAAGUGGAAUUCAAUCAUCUUCAUUUUCUAUUCUGCCGAAGGUUGCCUUAAUUUCUCGGCAGUUGAGGCCCGUUAUUCCGCAACCUCCUCUACAUCUGAGAACCCGAGAAACCAGAUUCAAAAUAUGUCAAAAAUUUAGCAGUUCUGAAGCAGCAUUAGUUAGUUGUUGCUAUCCGAGUGAUCAUAGGACAAAUCCUUCAACCGGUUCAGUAAAAAAGGAGAUUGCUAAUAACCGAAGUGACGAUGGUGGCAAAGUUAUUGGAAAGGAAGAGGAGGUGGUUUGUAAUUUGUCGACUUCAUGGAUUGAUUUACAUCUUCCAAAGGCGGUUCGUCCUUACGCUCACCUUGCUCGAUUGCAUAAGCUAAGCCCAACAUGGUUAUUUGCUUGGCCAUGUUUUUGGUCGAUAACUUUAGCAUCGCCAUCAUCAAAACUUCUUGACAUUAAGAUGUUGGUGCUUUUCGGAAUCGGUUCAUUGUUUCUACGGUCAGUGGCAUGCGUGAUAAAUGAUAUUCUUGACCGUGACAUUGAUGCUAAGGUGGAGCGAACGAAGUCGAGACCACUUGCUAGUGGUUUUUUGACACCAUAUCAGGGGCUCAACUUUCUAGUUCUCUUAUACCUUGGAUUCCUCCUUCAACUUAAUAACUACUGCCGUGUCCUAGGGUUACUACUGCUGCCAUUAAUCUUCUCUUAUCCCCUCAUAAAGAGGCUAACAUUUUGGCCUCAAGCAUAUUUGGGUGUUGCGUUUAAUUGGGGAGCUUUAUUAGGAUGGGCUGCCAUUGAAGGAAGCUUGAAUUAUGUUAUUUCCCUCCCGUUAUACGUAUCUGGAGUAUUUUGGACUCUUGUUUAUGAUACUAUCUAUGCUCAUCAGGAUAAAGAAGAUGACUUGAGAGUGGGCGUCAAGUCUACAGCAAUACUGUUUGGUGAUCAGACAAAAGUUUGGAUAACUGGUUUUGGGAUUGCAUCUAUUAUCACCUUAUGGCUCUCCGGAUACAAUGCAAGCAUUGGAUGGCCAUUUUAUGUAUCUUUGAUCGCUGCUUCUGCCCAAUUAGCAUGGCAAAUUUGGACGGUUGAUUUGUCGAAUCCUGCAGAUUGCAGUAAGAAAUUUUUAUCCAACACAUGGUAUGGAGCAAUUGUGUUUGGCGGAAUCCUGUUUGGAAGACUAGUCACAUGA